UUGUGCUGAAAAGCAAAAGAUAAAUUUGGAAAUUAAUGUUUAAAUGUCCAAAUACAUUUGAUCAUAUAGAAAAGGAAAGGAUAGGCUACUUUGCUUAGCUGGGUGAAGUCAAACUCCCAGUUAAGUGCCAGAUACAGAUACUACUGUCAAACAUAUAACACAUUUUUAACAAAUUUGAAUAUAAAAGUGUUAAUUUCACAAUACCUGGAAAUGUAUAAUAUCACUAUUUGUUAGUGUGUUGUACAGCAGACAAGCACAGGCAGAAGUAGAAAAUAGUAUUUGAGGCUUGAGCCCCCUCUAUUGGCUGCACUGCACACUUUCUCCAUAACUAAAACAGGAAACUCCUCAGUUCACGGGAAGAAGUAAGUUUUGUUUUUGCUCUUGUAUAGGUCUCUCUGUCUAAAAUGGCAGAAGCCAACAUUUCAGUGGCUCAGGACCAGUUCAGCUGUCCAGUUUGUCUGGAUCUACUGAAGGAUCCAGUCACCAUUCCCUGUGGACACAGUUACUGUAUGAACUGCAUUACAGGCUGCUGGAAUCAAGAUGAUCAGAAGGGAGUUUACAGUUGCCCCCAGUGCAGGCAGAUUUUCACUCCAAGACCUGUUUUAGGCAAUUAAAAUGUGGUUUUUGCUGAAGUGGUGGAGAAAUUGAAGAAGACAAAACUCCAUUCUGCUGUUCCUGCGCAAGGUUAUGCUGGAACUGGAGAUGUGGAGUGUGACAUUUGCACUGCAAGAAAAUACAAAGCAGUCAAGUCCUGUUUGGUGUGUCUCAACUCUUACUGUCAGAAUCACCUUGAACAACAUGAGGAUUUCUUUAAAGGUAAGAAGCACAACUUAAUGGAUGCCACGGGACGACUACAGGAGAUGAUCUGCCACAAACAUGAUAAACAGUUAGACAUCUACUGUCAUACUGACCAGCAGUGCAUUUGUUAUUUGUGUGGAAUGGAUGAACACAGAAACCACGACACAGUAACAGCUGUAGAAGAGAGGGAGAAGCAGGUAGAAACAGCUGCAAAGGCAAAGAAUGAGUUUAAGAAGAGAAUCAAGCAGAAAGAGAUUCAGAAUCUGAGAGAGACUGUGGAGUCACACAAGCGUUCUGCACUGGCUGCAGUGAAGGACAGUGAGAAGACCUUUACUGAGCUGAUCUACUACAUUGAGAGAAGCCACUCUGAAGUCACAAAGCUAAUCAGAGAUAAGGAAAAAGCUGCAGUGAGUCAAGCUGAAGGACUCUUGAAGCGACUGGAGCAGGAGAUUGAAGAGCUGAAGAGGAGAGACGCUGAGCUGGAGCAGCUUUAACACACAGAUGAUAACAUUCAUUUUCUCCAGAGUUUCCAGUCUUUCUCUGUUCCUCCUGAAUCUGCGGAUGUACCCAUCAUUCCCUCUUCUCCACGUUCUUUCGAUGAUGUGGCAAAAUCCGUCUCCCUGCUUAGAGAGAAACUUGAGGAUUUCUGCAAACAGGAGAUAGAAAGGAUAUCUGGUAGAGUGUCAUACAUCCAGAUCAUUCCCACCCCAAACCUCAAGACCAGGGAGGACUUCUUACAAUAUUCCCGUCAGUUCACUCUGGAUCCAAACACAGUGAAUAAAUGCCUUCGUCUGUCUGAAGGAAACAAAAUGGCUUCUGACACUGGCAUAAUUCAGCAGUAUCCUGAUCAUCCAAUGGAUAGAUUUGAUCGUACUCUUCAGGUGUUGUGUAGAGAGAGUGUGUGUGGACGCUGCUACUGGGAAUUGGAGUGGAGUGGUUAUGGUGUCGCUGUAUCAGUAUCAUAUAACAGCAUUGGGAGGAAGGAAAAAGCAUGUGUGUUUGGAUUCAAUUGUCAGUCAUGGUGUUUGUUCUGUAGUCUGUCCAGUUGUGUAUUUUAUCAUGAUAAAAAACUGAUUAAACUUUCCAUACCACCCAGCUGCUCUAGAAUAGGAGUGUAUGUGGAUCACAGUGAAAGAACUCUGUCCUUCUACAGCGUUUCUGACCUCAUCCACAGAGUCCAGACCACAUUCACUCAGCCCCUCUAUCCUGGGUUUUUACUUUCUUUUGGAUCAACUAUAAAACUGCUCUUGUGAAAAGUGUACACAAGAGUAGUAGUAGUUUCAAAGUUGAUAUAUCAUACAUACUUAACUCUGUAAAACCUCACAGAAAUAAUGUAAAAAAAAUGCU